AUGCUGAACUCUGGAGAUCGGCAUCAUCAUCACUACACUACACUACACUAUCUCGAACUAUCUCGACUUCGCUCCGUCUUACCGCGUACUGCGCAGCAGCAAGAUCGGAGGUCGGAGCAAUAUCCGAUACUAGUUUAUCUUAGCGCUGUAACCGUCACCAUCUUCUCCAUCCCCAUCACACCCGAGCCCGAAUCCUUCAUCACAGUCACCUUGGCAUGUGAAGAUGACGGCGCUACUUCUACUUCCAUAAAACGUAUUGACCAAAACCACCAGGGUAUCUACUACACGCCUCAACUCGCUCACAGAGCGAGUAUCCAAAAACCCCAAACCAGCAUCCCAGACCCAUGA